GCGGCGGGCGGGGUGGCCUGCGAGGACCCGCGGGGCGCUCGGGCGGGGCUUGUGCCAGCCCCCCGCCCCGCCCCCCUGCCCCGCCCGCGGGGCUGCGGGAGGAGGAAGCGGCUGCGCUGAGCGCGGGGACUCGGCGGGCGGGCGGCGAGGAGCGCAGAGCGGGAGCCGGAGCCGCCGCCGCCGCCGCCGCCGCCGCCGCCGCCACCUGCGCGGCCGUCUCCAAGAUGUCAUGGCACCCCCAGUACCGGAGCUCCAAGUUCCGCCACGUCUAUGGCAAGGCAGCCAGCAAGGAGAACUGCUACGAUUCAGUACCCAUCACCCAAAGCGUCCACGACAAUCACUUCUGCGCCGUGAACCCCCACUUCAUUGCGGUGGUGACUGAAUGCGCCGGUGGGGGCGCCUUCCUCGUCAUCCCCCUGCACCAGACAGGAAAGUUGGACCCUCACUACCCAAAGGUCUGUGGGCACCGAGGGAACGUCUUAGACAUCAAGUGGAACCCUUUCAAUGAUUUCGAGAUCGCCUCCUGUUCUGAAGACACCACGAUUAAGAUCUGGGCCAUCCCCAAGCAGCUGCUGCUGAGGAACCUCACAACCUACAGGAAGGAGCUGGUGGGCCAUGCCCGCAGGGUGGGCCUGGUGGAGUGGCACCCAACAGCCGCCAACAUCCUCUUCAGUUCUGGCUACGACUACAAGGUAAUGGUCUGGAACUUGGAUACAAAAGAGUCUGUAAUCAUGAGCCCUGUGAGGACGAUUGACUGUCACCGGGAUGUGAUCCUCUCCAUGUCCUUCAACACCAAUGGCAGCCUGAUGGCCACCUCCUGUAAAGACCGCAAGAUUCGCAUUCUCGACCCCCGGACAGGGACCGUCCUCCAGGAAGGCAACUGCAAGGGGCACCGGGUCAACAAGGUGCUGUUCCUGGGGAACCUGCAGAAGCUCCUGUCCACGGGCACGUCCCGAUGGAACCACCGGCAGAUGGCCCUGUGGGACCAGGACAACCUCUCGCAGCCUAUCUCAGAGGAAGACCUGGACGGCUCCUCGGGCGUGCUGUUUCCCUUCUAUGAUGCGGACACCAAUGUGCUCUACGUGGUGGGGAAGGGAGAUGGAAACAUCCGCUACUAUGAAGUGAGCACCAGUGAGCCUUACCUCAGCUACCUGACGGAAUACCGCUCCUACAACCCUCAGAAGGGGAUCGGUGUAAUGCCAAAGAGAGGUCUCGAUGUGUCCUCCUGCGAGAUCUUCCGAUUCUACAAGCUGAUCACAACCAAAUGCCUCAUUGAACCUGUGUCCAUGAUUGUGCCCAGACGGUCGGAAUCCUACCAGGAGGACAUCUACCCACCCACGGCCGGCGCCCAACCCUCCAUGACAGCCCAGGAGUGGCUUAGUGGGAUGAAUAAAGGGCCAGUCCUAGUAUCCCUUCGGCCUGGCUCCGAGCCGCUGAGCCCCCAGCCCCCACCGAGUCCACGGCCUCCACCUGUAGAGAGACCCAACUCCAACCCCCUCCCCCUGGCUUCACCCCGGCUCCUGAGUCAGACAGAGAAAGUGGCUGGAGAAGAUGCCCAGAGGCCCUCCUCCCUGCUGGAGGAGAAGAUGCCCAGGUGGGCGACAGACCACAGGCUGGAGAAGAAAGCCUGGCUUACAAAUGGCUUCGACAUCUUCGAAUGCCCUCCACCAAAGACAGAGAAUGAGCUGCUGCAGAUGUUCUAUCGCCAACAGGAAGAGAUCCGGAGGCUCCGGGAACUGGUGACCCAACGCGAGGUCCAGGCCAAACAAUUAGAACUAGAGAUCAAAAACUUGCGGAUGGGCACAGAGAGGUUCUGAGCAGAGAUCUCUGCCCUCCUCACCCUCAGGGACACCAUUUGGCUCCAUGGGGAGGUCUAGAACUAAACCACAGGUUCCCCCAUGAACACCCACGAUUUCUAUUUUUUUUUUUUAACCAGAAAAACGAAACUCUCCAGAGUUGCUGAAAGAUUCCAGUGGGAUACGGUGCCGUUUCUUCCUAUUUGCCUUCACACAGCAGUUUCUGGAUUGACUCAUUUCGAUGAUAACUUGCCUUCUAUUUGA